UCUCAUUCGACCGGCUGCUCCUCGACUUGAUCAGCUAAACCUUGCUGGCAGCAUGAGAGCAGCACUAUGACUACGGCUUUUCUCAGAAAUACUGCAACCUGGAAUGCCAUGCCUAGCAUUUAAAGUUCCGAAGAACUUUGACGGAAUUAACGAGCACAAUGGGAAACACUGUGAAAACUCCAAGAGCAUCUGAGGAAACAAACACGCCGAGCCAAACGGGUCAGGAGAGUGACUUCCUUGCUGUUCUCUAUGACUAUCCUUCAGCAGACAUAAGUCAACCUAUAUUUCAUGUAGGGGAAAAACUACGUGUGCUAUCAGAUGAAGGAGGCUGGUGGAGAGUCCAUUCCCUUACUACAGGUCGAGAAAAUUAUAUUCCAGGAAAAUAUGUAGCAAAGGUUUAUCAUGGCUGGUUAUUUGAAGGGCUGGGAAGAGAAAAAGCAGAGGAACUUCUACAGCUGCCAAACACCAAGGUCGGCUCCUUCAUGAUCAGAGAGAGUGAAACUAGGAAAGGGUUAUAUUCCUUGUCAGUGAGGCACAGGCAAGUGAAACAUUACAGGAUCUUCCGCCUCCCCAAUAACUGGUAUUACAUCUCUCCACGGCAAACCUUCCAGUGCCUUGAAGACCUUGUCAAUCACUACUCAGAAGUUGCUGAUGGUCUCUGCUGUGUCCUUACAACACCCUGUCUCACCCAGUGCACUAACAACAACACCGUGAUGAAUCCAGUUCCUCCUGUGGUGAUGCGGAAUAAAAAUUUCAACUGGAGAAACAUUCACAGGCUGGAGGUGACUGAAGAUACCAAAAGCACCCUGGCAGCAAUGGAUGACUCUUGCCUCAGCUAUGGCCUGAGGGAAAGCAUCGCUUCCUACCUCUCCCUAACUGAGGAUGACAAUGCUUCUUUUGCAAGUGCCAGAAAGAAGAAAUCCCAGUCUCUCAUAUACACAGGGAGCAAACAUAAGAGUGCCCUUCACUUGCCACCUACAUACUAUGACGACUAAAUACAAGACAAAGAGGAAAAAGCCACAAACUGAUGAGUUAGGAGAGAAACCAGAGCAUCCUGUGGUCCUGCCACCCUUCAUCAGCUGGGAAAUACAAUCUGCUAAGCUGGCGGCAAAUGCCAGCAGUGCUUCUGCAUGUCCUCUUCUAAAGUCUUCUCAAGGGUGCUAUCCCAGCCAUGGCAUAUGCUGGGAAUGUCCCCAGUGCACCAGAACUGGUUCACAAGCAGGAUAAACAGAGAUAGACUCUAAGUCAAAAGCCAAGUAGUGCAGGUGACUCUUCAGCGGGGCGAUGCCCAGCAUUGUACAGAGGUGACUGCAUCGGGAAGAACCAACUGCAGCUCAAGAACUUAAAUUAACUCUAACUCUGGUGUUCUCAACAAGGCUGAAAACCUUCUUUGCAGAACCUAUGUACACUGAAAAAAGGAGAAUUUUUCAUCUCAAGAUAGACUUAUCCAUUGUCAUUGAGAAUGGGUCAGAGGGACAUCAAUAACCCCAAGAAAGUAUCUAACAUCUGGCAUCCAAGAAACACCUAAUUCUAGUGACUCCAUUCUUAUCUUUUAGGAGAAAAAAUUAAAAUAACUGACUUUAUAAGUAGCAUUUAUUCACUUGCUGGCAAUGGCCUGCAGUGUCAUAAAAUAGUCACAAAAUUAAGAACAGGCUUAAUUCAUUGAGAAGUUCUUACUUAUACCUGGGAGUUCAGGCAUAUCCAAACAUGUAAUUCAGCUGCUCAUAGUAAAGCAGAUAGAGAACAAAGGGGGUUUUAAUUGAAAAGUGAGAUGUGAUGAUAAUGUGCCUAACUGCAAAGGUUGGCUUGCAAAGGUGUGACCUUUUAUGUGUACAGGGAGAUAUUUUAACAAUGACUUCUGAAGUCAGCCACAUAUUUAUGUAUAAUAUUUAUAUUAAUAACAGCUUUUAAAAUAAUAAAACUAAGGGAACAAAUCAGUAACAGUGGAUGUUAGAGAUUUUUCCUAAUUUCUUGUCUGAUGAGAGUUAUGUCAAAUAGUAAUUACAUUUUCCAUCAAAUCACUUAAAGAUUAGAGGGUUUUCUGAAAUUUCUUUUUUUUUUUUUUUUUUUUUUUUACCGAUAUGCAGCCUUUUCUAAGUCAAAAAAGAGCACGCAGCAUUUUCACAGAAUCACAGAAUUACUAGGUUGGAAGAGACCCUCAAGAUCAUUGAGUCCAACCCAUGCCCCAACACCUCGACUAAACUAUGGCACCGAGUGCCACAUCCAGUCUUUUUUUAAACACAUUCAGGGAUGGUGACUCCACCACCUCCCCAGGCAGGCCAUUCCAGUACUUUCCUUUGAACCUGCUUGUGAUUGCUUUCUAAACCAAGGAAUCACUCUUGUUUGAGUGUGUAAAAUGCUGCAACCUAUGCUGUCAAGCUAAGAUAGUUUCAAUCCAAUAUUCUCUUGUACCUUUUUGGACAGAUUUGAAUAAUGAAGGUUUGAAGAAAUAGAGAAUUGGAGAAGUUAUAUAUAUGUAUACAUACAUAUAUAUAUUUAAUCUCUAAACAGCUCUUAGGACAAAUCUAUGUGCUCUUUAGAUCUUGUAUCGGGUUAUUUGCACUAGCAAGAAAGGUUCAGAGAUCAAAAUAUUUCACAGCCUGUUUAAACAUAUUUCAGGAUUUAAAGGAUUAAUGUAAUUUGGUUGGUAAACAUUGAACUCCAAAAAGCAAAACACACUCAGGAACUCUAGGCAUUUGUACAAUCUAAUUACUGUUACUGAUAAUCAAUACGUUAUGGUGACUGCAUUUUAUCCAUGAAAUGUAUUUGGGAAGUAUUUCAGAUUUCUAAGUCAUGACUUGUAUUUAUUCAUUAAAAUAAUAUUCAGUA